AUUGCUCUAGUUUCAUGCUUUCUACUUAAAUCAAAAAAAGAGAAUUAAAAAAAAAAAAAAAAAUGGUUUCCUUUACACAUUUCUUGAUUCUGUUUUUCCCCUUAGCUUCGUUCCUCAUCUUCCUCUACAAAUGGCAACAUCUCCGCCGUAACCACACCGGAAAAAGGCUACCGCCGUCACCAAGAAAGAUUCCGGUGAUCGGAAACCUCCACCAACUAGGCCCACUCCCCCACAGAUCACUCCAAUCCCUCUCCCAAAAACACGGCCCACUCAUGCUCCUCCACUUCGGCCGCGUACCGGUUCUCGUUGCCACCUCAGCCGAAGCAGCGCGUGAGAUAAUGAAGAACCAGGACCUUAUCUUCUCGAACAGGCCGAAGCUAACAAUUCCCGACAAGUUAAUGUACGAAUCGAGAGACGUUGCGUUCUCUCGGUACGGAGAGUACUGGAGGAAGAUGAAGAGCAUAUGCGUGCUCCAGCUACUUAGCACGAAGAGGGUUCAUUCUUUUCGCCGCGUAAGGGAAGAAGAAACCUCGCUCAUGGUCGAUAACAUCGCGAAAUUAUUAUUAUUACCGGGAUGUAAUAAUAAUAAUAAUAAUAACGACGACGAUAAUCGUGUCGUAAUAAACUUGAGCGAUAUGUUCAUCUUGCUAAUGAACGACGUACUUUGUAGGGUUGUGUUGGGGAGAAAAUAUAGUGGCGGUGAAGAUGAUGAUCGAGAGUUUAAGACGAUGUCGCACGAGAGUUCGAUAUUGUUGGGAACUUUUUGUGUAGCGGAUUAUAUUAAUAUACCUAAUUGGUUGGGUUGGCUGAUUACCGGCGGAUUAUAUGCUAAAGUUGACAAACUGGCGAAACGGUUGGAUCGAUUCUUGGAGAGUGUAGUGGAGGAGCAUCGAUCGAAGAUAGGAGAGAAUACGAGUACGGAUUUUGUUGACAUAUUGCUCGAAACUCAAAGAGAAAACGGCAAAGACCACAUUGACGACGACGCUGUCAAAGCUAUAAUCCUUGACAUAUUUGUUGCUGGAACCGACACAACAUAUACCGUGCUAGAGUGGGCGAUGACCGAGCUUUUACGAUAUCCAAACACGAUGUCGAAACUGCAGAACGAAGUGAGAAAAGUGGUCGGAGAAAACAAAGAGUUCGUAACAGAGGACGACUUGGACAAAAUGCACUACCUCAAAGCAGUAAUAAAAGAGAGCCUAAGGCUACACACACCCGUUCCGUUACUAGCCCCACGAGAAUCGAUUAAAGACACGAAAGUAAUGGGGUACGACGUUGCUGCCGGAACGCACGUUCUUGUAAAUGCGUGGUCCAUCGCAAGAGACCCGACAAUGUGGGAAAAUCCGGAGGAAUUCAAUCCCGACAGAUUUAUGAACACGGACGUGGAUUUCAAGGGUCAGCAUUUUGAGUACAUCCCGUUUGGUGCGGGCAGGAGGGGCUGCCCGGGUAUUACAUUUGCAAUGGUUGUUAAUGAGCUUGCGUUAGCGAAAUUGGUGCACAGAUUCAACUUCGAUCUGCCCGAUAACGAUGGCGGGGCAAGAAAGAAUGAUUCGGACGUGGCUGAAGCCGCCGGAUUGACUGUCCGUAAGAAGUUUCCGCUGUUUGUAGUCGCCACCCCAUCGCUCUAAAAUUCUUCAACCUUAUGAUAAAUCUUAUAUUAUGUAAAAUUAAUUAUUAUUGCCAUGAUCUAAUAAGAAUGUUUUUUUUUUU